AUGACUCAGAGCCGCCGCCGCCUCUCGCCCGCACCGCGCAGGAAGUGGAGCCGCCACUGGGAUCGGAGCGAGGGAAUAGAGAGGGGGCUGCUACCCUUCCCCCAGACCCCCUACCCUUCCCCCAGGGCUGCUACCCUUCCCCCAGACUCCCUACCCUUCCCCCAGGGCUGCUACCCUUCCCCCAGACCCCCUACCCUUCCCCCAGACCCCCUACCCUUCCCCCAGGGCUGCUACCCUUCCCCCAGACCCCCUACCCUUCCCCCAGGCCUGCUACCCUUCCCCCAGGCCCGCUACCCAUCCCCCAGACCCCCUACCCUUCCCCCAGACCCGCUACCCUUCCCCCAGACCCCUUACCCUUCCCCCAGACCCCCUACCCUUUCCCCCAGACCCCCUACCCUUCCCCCAGGCCCGCUACCCUUCCUCCAGACCCCCUACCCUUUCCCCAGGGCUGCUACCCUUCCCCCAGACCCCCUACCCUUUCACCAGACCCCCUACCCUUCCCCCAGACCCCCUACCCUUUCCCCAAACCCCCUACCCUUCCCCCAGGGCUGCUACCCUUCCCCCAGACCCCCUACCCUUCCCCCAGACCCCCUACCCUUUCCCCAGACCCCCUACCCUUCCCCAUACUAA